CGCCCCUCCGCCCCGGCCAGCCCCUCCGCCCCGGCCCCGCCAUGGCGGCGCUGCGGGCGGUGUUGGUGGCCGCGCUGGCCGCGGCACUGGCCCCGGUAGCCCCGGUCCGCGCAGCCCCCGCCGCCGUCCCGCCGCCCCGUAACGUCUCGGUGCUGCUGGAGCCCGGGUCGGGGCGGCUCCGCGUCCUGCCCGGCCGCCACCCCGCCGCCGUUGCCUGGGCCAGCCUGGAUGACCGUAUCCCCGCCGUCGGCUGGGCCUUCCUGGAGGUGGCCACCAACGCCUCGUACAGCGACAGCCUGCAGGCCUACGCCGCCGGGCUGGCCGAGGCCGCCGUCUCGGAGCAGCUGAUGUACAUGCACUGGAUGAACACCAUGGUGGGCUACUGCGGCCCCUUCAAGUACCAGAGCGAGUACUGCGAGAGGCUGCGCGGCUACCUGGAGGCCAACCUGGGCUGGAUGGAGGAGCAGAUGGGCAAGGGGGAGGACCCCCAGUACUGGCACCAGGUGCGCCUGGCCCUGCUGCAGCUGAAGGGGCUGGAGGACAGCUACAACGGGCGCCUGGACUUCCCCCAGGGCAGGUUCACCCUGGCGCCCUUUGGCUUCCUCCUGCUACAGUUGGGGGGUGACCUGGAAGACCUGGAGUCUGCCCUGAACCGCUCCUCCCCGCAGCGUGUCCUGGGCUCGGGCUCCUGCUCUGCCCUCCUGAAGCUGCUGCCGGGCCAUCGGGAUCUCCUGGUCGCCCAUGACACCUGGACCUCCUACCAGUCCAUGCUGCGCAUCAUCAAGAAGUACACGCUGCCCUUCCGUGCCUCAGCCAGUGGCAAUUCUCAGAUCCCCGGGAGCAUCCAGGUGUUUUCCUCCUACCCCGGCACCAUCUUCUCUGGGGAUGAUUUCUACAUCCUCAGCAGUGGGUUGGUAGCGCUGGAAACCACCAUCGGGAACAACAACCCGGCGCGGUGGAAGUACCUGGACCCACGGGGCAGCGUCCUGGAGUGGCUGAGGAACAUUGUGGCCAACCGCCUGGCCCGCAGUGGUCCCGAGUGGGCUGCCAUCUUCCGACGGUUCAACAGUGGCACGUACAACAACCAGUGGAUGGUGGUGGACUAUAACGCCUUCACACCAGGCAGAGCAAACCCGCCUCCAGGACUGCUGACUGUGCUGGAGCAGAUCCCGGGCCUGGUGGUGGCAGCUGAUCAGACGGAGCUGCUGUACCAGCAAGGCUACUGGGCCAGCUACAACCUGCCGUACUUCGAGGAGAUCUUCAAUACCAGCGGGAACCCAGAGCUGGUUAAGAAAUACGGUGACUGGUUCACCUAUGACAAGAACCCACGGGCCCAGAUCUUCCGCCGGAACCAGACGCUGGUCCAUGACCUGGAUUCCAUGGUCCGCCUGAUGAGGUCCAACAACUACCUGCGGGACCCGCUGUCACGGUGCAGGGGCUGUGACCCCCCCCAGAACGCAGAGAACGCCAUCUCCGCCCGCUCUGACCUCAACCCCCCCAACGGCACCUACCCUUUCCCUGCCCUGCGCCAGCGCUGCCACGGCGGCACCGACAUGAAGGUCACCUCCUCAGGCAUGGCCCCCGCCUUCGGGCUGGUGGCCGCCAGCGGUCCCGCCUGGGAUGACGUGCCCCCCUUCCGUUGGAGCGCAUCCCCAUGCAGCACCCUGCUGCACAUGGGCCACCCUGACCUCUGGACUUUCCCCCCCAUCAAGGUCCGCUGGGACUGAGCGGGUGCCACCGUCCAUCUGCAGGCGUCUGUCCUGCUUGGGAGGGAUCCCUUAUGGGGGGAGCAGCUGGGGGAUCGCAGUGCUACCCCCUCUCCCCUAUCACCCUGGCUUUGGGUGCAAGGGGGGUCCUCUGAUCCCCUGGCUCUUCCAGCUUCUGCCUCUUGCCACCGCAUCCCUGCGUGCUGGGCGUGCUGCGCAGGGGGCUGUGCCCCCUCCCCCUCAAGGGGCUCCGGCCCUGGGACGCUUCCCUGCCUUCCCUGCGUGCUGACAUCUGGUUCGGGGGGCUCUUCCCAGAGAAGGGGCGGUCCUGCGAGGCUGGGGCUCGCCUGCAGGGCGGAGGGGAGUUGAGCUGGUUUGGCUGUGACAAAUAAAGCAGUGUGUGUCUGUGCA